UUUGAAAAAAAAAAGUUUUUUCUUAGUUUUUGUUAUAAAAUUUUGGAAAUAAGUGAAUUUUCUCCCUCACUGAUGUGCGAUAAUGAGGCUGUAGUGAUGGGCACUGAUAGGCUGCACUGAUGGACACUGAUAGGUGACACUGAUGGGCACUGAUGAGGAGGCACUGGUAGGUGGCACUGAUGGGCAGGCACUGAUAGGUGGCACUGAUGUACACUGAUAGGCGU